CACUUGAUCUUAGGCUAUAUAACUAAUUCAUCCCUCGCUAAAGUACGAGAAGAGAAAGCUAUUGUCUCUUAUGAAGCCGAUAACCUCAGAUCAGAAUUGAAAACUGGAAUAUCACCUGUCACGACUUAGUGAUCCCUUUGCCAUCCACGGCGAGGCCAGGUCAGUGUCCAGCCCGUACUUGGCAGCCUGGAUGACCAGGAGCGUUUGGUGAACGAACAUUCUGGGUCCUGCAAAGCUGCAGAUGCCUCGAGGGCAGUGCCGAGCUCCUGCUCUAGUCCCAUACGCACAUAUUCACUCAUUGAACGAAUAAAUGAUCAAACAAUAAAAGGCCCGCGGCCUUGGAGAGGGGCCCCCUUUCGGGUCUGGCGGGAGGGGUGACAGACUUUUCCGCGUAGAUCUCUGAGGAGCAAGAACUUCGGACCGCGGGCCUGACUCAAGGGCCCAAAAUGACUACAUAACGCCCGGCUGUGGACACCCGCAUUGGGCGGCACCGGGAACCAAAACCGCGCCACACCCGUCCCCGUGCAGCCUGCCCCGCCCACCCGCUGCCUAUGGUUUCUAUUGGUUGUCUCGCGGAAAGCCCGCCCUCUUAAGAAAUAUCCUCGUAGGCUGUCCAAAUAACAGUAACCUGAUUGGUUAUCGUACAACCAAUCACGAGCAGCAAUCUUCAGUCUUGUCCAAUCAUAAUGAGCGCAAGUCAGGGCCCGCGGAGUUUGACUUUGGCCCAGGGACGCGGAAGUAGCGGACCGGGGAGCAGGUGGAUUUCCCGGGCGGAGGGAGGAGGACUCCGGGGUCCAGACCCGCGUCGCCGGGGGCGCUGUUCCCGCCGGCGGCCCGCAGGCCGAGGCGCGCGGGCGGACACGGGUCCGAGCGUUCCCGAACCAGCUCGAGCGCUCGUCGGGCUUAGUCGCCUGAGGAUUCCGAGGCCGUGUUCCUCAACGACCGCGCCUCGGUGCUCCCGAGUGGGCCGGGGGCUCGGCUUCGGAGGAAGGUAUCAAGAAACUGAUAAUGUUUCCUUGAAUUUGCUUCUGCGUUUGCUUCAUCAAUGUCUCUCAUAUUGAAUAUCUUAACAGAGAUACUGGAAUAUUUCAGUGUUCACAUGGACCAGGUUUUGCAGAUUUGGGGAAACAAAGAUUAUGGAUCAGGUCGGAGUAUUGUUCGUAUUAUUGGGAAAAUUCUUCCUUUAGAAGCCUGUCGCAGGCCUGAUUUUGAGCUGAUCCCAUUCUUGAACUCUGUAGAGUCUGGUAACUGUGGCUCUGCAGUUCCAUCCUUUGCUGAUAUUUUGUGUGUGGCAAAUGAGGAAGAACCCAUUUGUCUCAGAUUUCGAAAUGGUAUAUGGAAAAAUGAGGAAGAGGAGACUGAGGUUUUCCAUCCUUUGCAGCUAGCUUGGGAUCCACACUCACCUUGUCUAAGACAUAACAAACCAACGAAAAGCUCUCAGCCUGUAAAUGAAGCUGCAAUUAAAAAAAUUGCUGCCCUUGAAGAUGAGCUAGCUUCUCUCCGUUCUCAGAUUGCUGCAAUUGUGCAAAUGCAGGAACUGAAAAGCAGUACUAAUUCUGGCUCUUUUGACUCUACCGAUGGGGCUGGUGGUUUGGGACAAGUGCCAUCAUCAGGAACUGCUCAGCUGAGUGUCAGACCAGAUCCAUUUUCAAGUUCAGUGCUUCCCGCUCCGCCUCCUCCUCCACCUCCUCUGCCCCCUCAGUUUUCUUCUCUGCAGCCUCCAUGUUCUGUGCAGCCAGAAUAUACUCAUAGUUGUGACUCAGAUAAUACAGCGACUGAAAUGAAAAAACAGCACCCCGGUGCCAGUAAGACCAGUUAUAAUCGUCAUUCAAAACACCAGAAAAACAAAGAUGUUCCCAACAUGUUGGAUGUUCUAAAGGAUCUGAAUAAGAUUAAACUUCGUGCUAUUGAACGGUCACCUGGAGGCAGACCCAUUCAUAGGAGGAAAAGACACAGUUCGCAGUGGGACCCGGUGUCUUUAAUUUCCCAGGCACUGAAGCAGAAAUUUGCGUUCCAAGAAGAUGACUCCUUUGAGAAAGAAAAUAGGUCUUGGGAGUCUUCUCCCUUUUCUAGUCCAGAAACCUCAAGGCUGAGCUCUAACAAUUUUGGAUAUCACACUCCACAGUCAAAAGGACAGUGACCUAAAGGAAGAACCGACAAACACAAGAUGUCACGAGAAGUGAAGAGAUACGCCAGCAUGUCUUUCACUGCAUGUUAAUCUUCUGUUAAUGGAAUUAAAUGAAGUCUGUGUGCCAGGAUGUAUUAGUGCAGAGGUCUGAAAAGUCUUGACUUUUAAGAAUACCGUCUCUGGUUUUGGAAUAUCCAGCAGUUAGCUGGUUACUGAUGAUCAUUAGAUAUAAUAUUGAUUUUUUUUCCACAUGUAUGUUAAUGUUAUUAAAGGCUGAAUACACACUUAGAAUGGUUUUUCUAAGAGCAAAGUAGCAACUGACUUCAUGUUUCUCAUUAGAGAACAGUACGGUCUCAUUGUAAGAUAACAGAAAACAUUGCAGUGGAUUAAGAAAUUAAUAUAACCUAAGUCUGUAUUGUAUCACUUAGCAAAUGAUAGUAUAUGUUUGAGUUUUUAAAAAACAAUUUCUUAAAGCAAUUAUGACAUCCUGAUUUAAGAGCCUUUGAAUCUUUUAAAAAUUGGUAGUGAUUUUGGUUUAUUUAUUCUCCAGAAACUUGGGAGAUUUUUAAAGAAUGUAAUGGUUUCACUCAGAUAGACAUAGCGUGAGUCACGUAGGUUGAGCCUCUUAAAAAUUCUUCCUGAAGGUGAUAAUUAUUUUUUAGAAACUCACUUGAUAAAUGCUAGUAUUUAAAGAACCUUCAUAAGUUUGGCCUGCACUUACUAUGUAAAUAUGUAUGCCUAUCUUUCUCUUUUGUUCCACAUUACAGUAUACUCUGCUCCUUUGUAAAUAAAAUAAAUGUACUUUUGU